CUCCCGUUCCCGCCCCCUCGCCGCUCCGCUCCCUGGCGUGACUCGGCACUGAGAGCUCUGGGAGAAGCUCCGCGAUCGCCGCCGCCUCUGCAGGCCUCGCCGUCUGAGCAUUGCCCUUUCCUCUCCCGGUCGUCUUCCCCUUCAGUUUCGCAGCCGGUGGCGUCGCGGCCUUCCUUCCGGGCUCUCUGAGAAUGGUGGGAGUGAAGCCGGUCGGGAGCGACCCGGAUUUCCAGCCGGAGCUGAGCGGCGCCGGCUCCAGACUCGCCGUGGUCAAGUUCACCAUGCGAGGGUGUGGACCAUGUUUAAGGAUUGCCCCAGCAUUCAGUACUAUGAGUAAUAAGUACCCACAGGCAGUUUUCUUGGAAGUAGAUGUACACCAGUGUCAGGGAACAGCUGCCACCAACAAUAUAUCAGCAACACCCACGUUUUUGUUUUUUCGAAACAAAGUGAGAAUUGAUCAAUAUCAAGGAGCAGAUGCUGUGGGACUAGAAGAAAAAAUCAAGCAGCACUUAGAAAAUGACCCUGGAAGCAAUGAGGACACAGAUAUUCCCAAAGGCUAUAUGGAUUUAAUGCCUUUUAUUAACAAAGCUGGCUGUGAAUGUCUUAAUGAAAGUGAUGAGCAUGGAUUUGACAACUGUUUACGAAAAGACAUGACCUUCUUGGAAUCUGAUUGUGAUGAACAGCUUCUUAUUACUGUGGCAUUCAAUCAACCUGUUAAGCUUUAUUCAAUGAAGUUUCAAGGGCCAGAUAAUGGUCAGGGUCCUAAAUACGUAAAAAUUUUUAUCAAUCUACCCCGAUCUAUGGAUUUUGAAGAAGCAGAAAGAAGUGAACCAACUCAAGCUCUGGAACUAACAGAGGAUGAUAUUAAAGAAGAUGGCAUUGUCCCUCUUCGUUAUGUUAAGUUCCAGAAUGUUAACAGUGUAACUAUAUUUGUUCAGUCCAAUCAAGGUGAAGAAGAAACAACAAGAAUUUCAUAUUUUACUUUCAUUGGUACUCCAGUCCAGGCAACAAAUAUGAAUGACUUCAAACGAGUAGUUGGCAAAAAGGGAGAAAGUCACUAAGAUACAAAGGACACUGGAAGACCACACUGCAAACAGAUCUACAGCUCCUGGAUAACUGCUUGAUUCUCGCCAGAGACUGUCAAUAUUCCAUUCAUUGCCAUUACCAAUAAUAAAUCAUUGCUUUUGUUCAGAUGAUAUCACUAGUGUUUCUAUUGUAAUCUUGAUACAUGCAGUUGUAAAUAAAAGUCAUUACUUUUGCCAA